AUGACUGAAAGAUCUAGAGAUAGGGGAUUUAUGGUUGAGAAGCGUUCAUUUUAUAUUUAUUGUACUGUAUGCGACACUUUGGUAUUUAUUCACGAAAAUACUAUCGAAUAUGCUAGUAAUCACCUGAAGAAAUGCAUUACCGAAAAAUACCUUGCAUAUUCUAAACCUGUAUGGAAAAACGAAGGAGUGCCAAGCCGAAAGAGUGUAUCAUUGCUUAGUUCCGAUGAGAUUGAAAAAAUUUAUCAAACUUAUUGGGUUAUGUACAGUAAAGGUUUAGCUCAUUAUAGUUAUGAUUAUUCAUAUGAGGGUAGGAAAAGGAUUGUAAAUCGUCUAAUUAAUAAUGCAAAAGUUAUCCAACAGGCUUGGAGAGCUUUCCAGUUGAGACCCGAAACAUGGGCGAAACGAGUUUGGAAUAUGGUGGGGAAUGAUGGCACUCCCAAUGAGAAGAAGUUUUUAGGUAUAACUCCUCGUGAUAUAAGAAUUCCCGAUGAUCGAUAUGUAUGGUAUAUAGAUCGAAAAAUUCUAGCUAAAGAUGUACCUGCAUAUCAUCAGAAUGGUCUAUAUGAUCAUUAUACUCCAUACAAGUGGGCAGAAAAGAAGAAAGAUCAGUUACGUGAACGAUUAGGUCUUGUAUCAUAUAUAUUUGCCUUCAUAGUAUUACAUCUGCAAGGCUAUAGAAUCGUUGAAUAUUCAGGAUGGACUUAUAUGUUAAAGUGGUUAUCGAAUCCUGAAUAUUACUGUAUUGAUGAAUCUGGUAAUGAAAGAAUUAUUAGAAGUUUAGAAUAUUCGCGAUACAUGUGUAAAACACAUGGCAAACCAUAUCCAUGUGAAUCGCCAAAAAUCAACUAUUUCGAAACUAAAUAUAUUUAUAUUCUGGGAAAAGAAAUUAACAUAGAUUUCUCAGAUUCAAACAAUAAUUGUGAGUAUGUGCGCUGA